AUGGAGACCGCGCGCGCCUCCCAACCGGGGCGCCGGCGGACGUUGGGCGCGCGCCCCGCGGCCGUCUCCAUGGAGACCGCGCGCGCCUUCCGCGGCGCGGCGCGCGAGCGCGCGCACCCUGAGCGGAUGUACAGUGGGCACCUGCGGGCCUUGGUCGGGCGGGAGCCCGUGCCCCCAGCACCCGUGGGGACUGUGGCCCCCGGGGACCAGGGCGUCACAGACCCACCUGGUGACGCCAGGGUCUGGUUCCACCUGCGCAGACCCCUGACGGGACGCGAUGCACCCACCUUUCCCCGCCACCUCGCCCUGCUUCUUACUCCUGAUCCCUUCAUGCCCCAGCCCCUUGCCAGCCGGGAGGUUCAUUCUCCUGCCUCCUUGCUUGGCUGCCUUGUGAAUAAACCCCCAAACCUCGGCGUCUCGGUGGAGUGUGGCUCGCUCCGCGUCAGCCUCCCAGCGGCCGGCACGUGGCCGUCUCUAACACUGGUCCUCGCGGCAUCUGCCGUCCCAGGGCGGCGCAUCUGUGCUGGAACGUGGGUCCUGCUGCCCAACCCUCCUGUCCUGUCGAGAGUCCGAAACCCAGAACCACGCAAAGGCCACGUGUCAGCGACCACGCAGGCUAAACCACAGCAAACCCACAAGCCGCUCACGGCCCCGCCUCUGCACGGACAGCGCGCUCUCCAGCCGGUGUGUCCGCCCCCCCCCCCCACUGUGAUCACAAACAGGCGGCACCCACCAGAGGCCAUGUGCCGUGCUGAGGGGCUGGAUGGGGGGAGGCCCGCAGACCGUGCCGCGGUGCCGCUCGAGAGGAAGUGCCGUGAGGGCGACCAGCUGCAGGGCCGCCCCUGA